GCCCGCAGCCCCUGAGCCCGCUCCGCCGCGGCCCCGCCAUGGAGCGCGUCCCCGGCGCGCAGCCCCCGCCCGGCUGCCUGGGCAAGCUGCCCGCCCUGGAGAGCGGAGACCUGCCCGGGCUGGACUUCGCGCACAUGUACCAGGUGUACAAGCCCCGGAGGGGCUUAAAGAGGAGCGAGGACAACAAGGAGACCUACAAGCUGCCGCACCGGCUGAUCGAGAAGAAGAGGCGCGACAGGAUCAACGAGUGCAUCGCGCAGCUGAAGGACCUGCUGCCCGAGCACCUCAAGCUGACGACUCUAGGGCACCUGGAGAAGGCUGUGGUUCUGGAGCUCACCCUGAAGCACGUGAAGGCACUGACCAAUCUCAUCGAGCAGCAGCAGCAGAAGAUCAUCGCUUUGCAGAGCGGUUUGCAGGCGGGUGACCUGUCAUCGAGAAACCUUGAUUCCAGCCAGGAAAUGUUUCGAUCCGGUUUCCAGAUGUGUGCCAAGGAAAUGCUGCAAUACCUGGCAAAGCACGAGAACGGCAAGGAGCUGAAGUCGUCGCAGCUGGUCAGCCACCUGCACCGGAUGGCCAGCGAGGUGCUGCAGGGCGGGGCCGCCCGCAAGGCCGGGGACAUCCCUCCCAAAAUGCUGGACUUGAAGGAGAAGCCGGCGCCGCUGGGCGCGGCGGGCGAGGGCCACGGGAAGAACUGCGUGCCCGUGAUCCAGCGGACAUUCGCUCACUCCAGCGGGGAGCAGAGCGGCAGCGACACGGACACGGACAGCGGGUACGGGGGCGAGCUGGAGAAAAGCGACUCCAAAGCGGAGCAGCCCUAUUUCAAAAAGGAUACCGACCUCAAGUACGCUGUCCAGGAGAGAAUAAGCUCUAUUAAGCAAGAGACUGAGGACCCGCCGGCCAAAAGGAGCAGGCUGGAGUUGCCGCAGGACGAGGGCCCUUUUGGCAGUGACAUGAUGGGCUCUUCCAGCAGCUUCCUGGGCCCCCACGCUCACCAGCCUCCCCUGUGCCUGCCUUUCUACCUGAUCCCGCCGUCCGCCACCGCCUACCUGCCCAUGCUGGAGAAGUGCUGGUACCCGGCCUCGGUCCCCGUGCUGUACCCCAGCCUGCCGGCCUCUGCCGCAGCUCUGACGGGCUUCAUGAACCCCGACAAAAUCUCCCCCCCUCUGCUGAUGCCCCAGAGACUCCCUUCUCCUGUACCGGCCCAUUCCCCCAUCGACUCCUCGGCUCUGCUUCAAGCUUUGAAGCAGAUUCCUCCUUUGAACUUGGAAACCAAAGACUGAGCGCAGUGUGACUGGUUUUUCUUUUUUUUUUUUUUUCUGUUUUUUUUUUAGUUUGAGAGACUGUUUCACUUUUAUAUAUUGGCUGGACUGAGGUGUGGGGACAAGGUUCACUGUGCGUAGGAAGCUAAAUCCCUUUUCUCUGACUUGUCAGGUAGCUUGGAGAGGGAUGAAGGAUGUGCCCAGGUUAGCGAUUGACAACUGCUUCCAAAAGAUUAAAGAAGGGUUUUGUGCUUGGCCCCUUCCCUUCUUCCCUCUCCACAUCUACAGAACAACAGUUGACUCGGUCAGCUGCGAAUCUAUUGCAAAACUGUGAAGAAAUAUUCCAUUGGGCAGACCUGGUUCUAGGGUCUGCAAAUACAAAAUAAGUGAAUAUAAACCAUGGUACUUCCCUGAGCGGCUCUGGAGGCAACGGCCCCGCUGGCUCAUCUGGCUGGACUGGUGCCCCAGUGACCCCGAGCGUGGCAGGGUGGUGGUGGCAAUGCCACCACGAGCACAGCAGGAGCAGGGCAGUGUCACUGGUGGUGGUGGCAAUGCCACCACGAGCACAGCAGGAGCAGGGAAACAUCACUGUGGUGUGGUGGUGGCAAUGCCACUGUGAGCACAGGAGGAGCAGGGCACUGGUCACUGCAGGGGCAGCAAUGUCACCAGGAGGAGCAGGGCAGCAGUCACUGCCUGGUCACACACAGGUCAGGCAGACCUAAGAGAGGUUUCUCUCCACACCUUUACUUUUAGAUAGGUAUUUUUUUAACAAAUAAAAGGUAGCUGCUGCUUGGAGCUUUCCAUGGCGUUCAUCUAAUAAAUAAAUUAACCUGUGCCCUUCCUGUAACUCGAGCUGCUACGUUGGGCCGGCUCGGGAGGAGCCGUGCCCGGGAUCUCCCGGUCGGGAGGAGCUGUGCCCGGGAUCGGGAGGAGCCGUGCCCGGGAUCGGGAGGAGCCGUGCCCGGGGUCUCCGGGUCGGGAGGAGCCGUGCCCGGGAUCUCCGGGUCGGGAGGAGCUGUCCCUGGGCUGGUUUCCCUGCUGGCACCGGCUCCAGCCUCUCCCCGGGCAAUCCCCGCGGCGCUCCCGGCCGGGCAGGUCGGGCUCUUGCCGGAGGGAGCUGGCAGUGCCAUCCCUGCUGGACGUGCCCCUGGCAGUGCCUUGGGACAAUGGCAAGGCUGGGAUUUCCACAGGAGCCAGCAGGGUUUGAGCAGCUGGAUUCCUCCUGGCAAAGCUGGCUCACAUCCCCGCGUUAAGGAGAGAGGGCUCGGGUGGUGACACUGGUCCUGUGAGCUGCCAGGGGCUUCCUCCGCAGAGGAACAUCCUCUCCAGUUCAGCUUCUUUUUCAUUAAAAAACCCCAAACGUCACUGCUGAAGGCAGUGCUCUUUGGUAGGUUUUUUUUUUCCUUACUGGUGAGCAGAACCCCUGUCUGGAUCCUCAUGUCGCCCUCCCAUUGCACCAGCUGUUGAGAUGCACUAUGCUUGAUUGCAGAUUGUGUUCUAACGUUUAUUUUGUUGUUGGUUUUUUGGGUUUUUUUGGUAUACAGUUGUUGCCUUUAUUUGUAAAAUCCUGUUAUAAAUAUAUAUAUAUUAUAUAAAUAUAUUAAAAGUUAAAAGGUUUCAGAUGUCUAUUAUUUGUAUAACUACUUGAGCAUAAAGAAGUGAGAAAUAUGAAUGUAUUCUUGUUUCUGGGUUGUCUUUUUUUUUUUUGAAGAGAAGAAUAUUCCGUUUUUCUCUCGGGAGAGGUACAGUGUUUAUAUUUUGGAGCUGCCUUCAAGGUGGGAUAUUGUACAUAUUUUUAUCUUGAGUAAAUGUUAAGUAGCUGUUUAAAAAUGCUUAAUAAAAUAAUUCUUUUCCUGUGGAAGA